CUGUGAGGAUGUGCCGUCGAGUGAGACUCUAGUGACCUUCUGGCCCUCUUAAAUGAUCGCUCCUGGGAGCAGGGCUGCUUUGAGCUAUCUUUGAUUUGUAUAGAUCAAUGAUUUAUGUUGUUAUCAGAUGUAUGCUCUCCGGUGACGUUCAUCUGGCACAUCAUGCCUGUUGACGUCAACUGUAGCUUCUGUUCAUCUGUUGCUCUUGUUGACACUUUACAAGCUGUUGCUUCUCGAACACUGUUGCACCGCUUGCAGGUCUGUUGACGUUCCCCGACUCGCUAUAAAUGUCCACUUAUCAUCCGACGACUCCUGAUUUCUUAUCAGUGUCCUGUUGUUUGCACACGAUUUCUUCGACCAGUUUACGCGGUGGCGGGUGAAGUUCAGCGCCCCUGGGGCUGUGUCGUCUCGUGCUGGGGAAGCCGUCAUGCCUCGUUGCUUCCUCCCAAAGAAGGCGGCAGGCUGGGACCCACUGUACUUCCCCCCGCCGAGGGUGAGGUCAGUGUCGCCCUCACCCCACGACCAUGGCUGGACUCCGCGUUCCCCCACCGCUGGGCAAACAGCUCCCUCACCUCCUCCCCCUGAAAAUGGCCAUCAUCAUCACCCUCAUCAUCACCUUUCUCCCUCAAGCCCAGCAUCAUCAUCUUCGUCCUACACACCUUCAGGCUGCCCUCUAGACCUACACGUCGCCACGUCCUCCCCCAGACACGUGUACUAUGGGGAAGUAUCACGACCUCCCGACGGUGGGUCUCACUUGCAGCUGCUGCAGCCUCCCCAUCCUCCCCUCGAGAUCGUGCAACACGUCCCCAGUGACGGGGACUCUAAUGACCGCAUCGUGCAAGUCCACAUCCCCGAGCUGCCGCAGUCCCCACAAUACUACGCCUCCUUCCCCGCCAAGUCCUCCCUUUUCUACAGCGGAUAUCUCACCGAGAGUCGCGGCUACAGCCCCCCGGCCCCCGUCGCUCUACCCCUCACUCCUUCACCCGACGGCAGACCUCUCACCCCUCCUGAGAGUCUCACCCGCCUCUCCCCCACUCUUGUCACCCUCGGAACUCCUCACUAUGAGCGUCGUCAUGAGGAAGAACCCAUGAACCUCACGACCUCACGACCAAUACCUCUCUACGAAAGACCUCCUGAAGACCUCUCCACGGCACACGCUAUUUUGGAUUUAUCCACGGCGAGGGUGUCGGAAUACUCGCCUCCUCACACGCCUCCCUCACAUUACCCUCACGGGAAUGCGUGUCCCUCAUUAGGAUAUUUGCCGAGUCAGCACCAUCAUGCGCCUGCACAAGUUACAGAAGACGAGUCGUGUUCAGAUUUACUCCAACAUAAUAACUUGUCGGCCGCUCAUCCCGCCUCGCAUCAGAUCCACGAAAGCACGCCACAUAUCCAUUACUCCGGCAUUGCACCGCACGAAAUUCUCAGUCCUUGUUCUCCUUCUGACACAAUAAUAGAAGUUGAUGACGUGCCCUCGAAACUUAGUGAUGGGGACGGUAAAACAGUCGCUUACACCUACGAAGCUUUCUUCGUCAGUGACGGUAGAGCAAAGCGUCAGACGCAAGAAGAAAUAGACAAAACCCGUUAUACGUGUUCCGAGUGCGGCAAGCAGUACGCAACGUCGUCCAACCUCUCCCGACACAAGCAAACGCACCGCACCCUAGACUCAGGCAAUGCCCGCAGAUGUCAUGUGUGUGGCAAGGCUUAUGUGAGCAUGCCAGCUCUGGCGAUGCAUGUGCUCACUCAUAAUUUAAAUCACAAAUGUGGCGUGUGUGGCAAGGCCUUCUCUAGGCCGUGGCUCCUGCAAGGCCACAUGCGAUCUCACACUGGUGAGAAGCCUUUCGGUUGCGCGCAUUGCGGCAAGUCUUUUGCUGACCGCUCUAAUUUACGAGCUCACAUGCAAACUCAUUCGCAACUAAAAAACUUCAAGUGCAAAAGAUGCAAUAAAUCCUUCGCUUUGAAGUCUUAUCUCAAUAAACAUUAUGAAUCCGCUUGUUUCAAAGACGUGCCUCUACCACCAUCUUCCCCUGACUCUUCGAGUUCACCUCUCUCUCCAGAAGAAACAAUCCAGAGAGAGCUCGAGUCUUCAGAGACAAUCGUGUCCUGUGCAGCAUGA